UAUUUAUAACUCUGUUUUCAGAUCCUGUACCUUGGGAUUGUCAUCUAUGCUCCUGCAUUGGCGCUUAAUCAAGUGACGGGUCUGAAUCUAUGGGGAUCAGUCAUGGCUAUUGGGAUUGUGUGUACCUUCUACACUACAAUUGGAGGAAUGAAGGCGGUGCUGUGGACAGAUGCCUUUCAGGUCAUGGUUAUGAUGUCAGGUUUCUUAGCUGUUAUCAUCAAAGGAUCUAUGAAUACUGGUGGGCUCGACAAAGCUUGGCAAAUUUGCGAAGAAAAUGGAAGGAUUGAUUUCUGGAAUUUUGAUCCUGAUCCCACAAUCCGUCAUACAUUCUGGACGAUCGUAGUGGGCGGAACCUUUACAUGGGGAAGUACUUAUGGAGUCAACCAAUCACAGGUCCAGAGAUAUCUCACGUGUGGCAAGGAAAAGACCGCUCAACUCGCCCUCGUCAUGGCUAUCAUAGGUAUGGUGAUAGUGGUGUCAGCAGCCUGCCUAUCAGGUUUGGUCAUGUAUGCAAACUUCGUAGAAUGCGAUCCCUAUACGAUGGGCUACGUAACCUCAUCUGAUCAGCUGAUGCCUUAUUUCGUUAUGUAUCUAUUUGGAAGUAUGCCUGGCUUACCUGGUCUGUUUACAUCAGCCGUCUUUAGUGCAGCAUUAAGUACUGUGUCAUCUGGUCUUAACUCUCUGGCUGCUGUAACUGCUGAAGAUAUUGUAAAGUCUAUCUGGCCAAAGAUAGAAGAGAAGAAAUAUACUCUUGUCACCAAAGGUCUUGCUCUUUUCUUUGGGGUUGUCUGCAUCGGAAUGACGUAUGUAGCUUCACAGCUCGGAGGGGUUCUUCAGGCUGCACUUAGUAUAUUUGGAAUGAUUGGCGGACCAAUGCUUGGUUUAUACAGCUUGGGAAUGUUCUUUCCAUGGACAAAUUCUUACGGAGCUAUUGGAGGUACAUUGUGUGGAUUGGUCUGGUCCCUAUGGGUAGGAAUAGGGGCACAACUUUACCCCCCUGAUGUCUAUAAACCACCACUAUACACAGACGGGUGUUAUAAUGAAAGCAUCCUUACCACAAUGAGUAUGGGACCUACUACUAUGAUGCCAACCGAAGAACCAAGACCGCCUAUCACAGAGUUGUACUAUCUAUCAUAUUCCUGGUACAGUGCAGCUGCUUGGCUUCAGACCUGUUUCUGGGGACUUCUGAUUAGUUUCCUGACAGGCUACACCGAUCCAAGAACGGUUAAUCCAAACCUAAUUAGUCCUAUCGCUGAUCGUAUGUACUGCUGCCUUCCUGAGUCAAUCAAGAAACCGUUGAGAUGUGGUGUGGGAGAGUUGUAUCAAGACGAUGAAGAAACAAAGGAAGAAGAUGAUACAGCAAUGAAAGUCAAGUAUGAAAACGCCGCCUACGUUGGAGAUGAUCUCACUGAGCUGUCCCAUCCCGUCAAUGGCGUCAAUGGCGUCAAUGGCUACAAUAAGUCUCAACUAAAUGGUGAUGCCUUGCCUGAGCAGAAAUUCAGAGAAAUUGGAACGCAGUUUACGAGUGAUCACGAAGACAGCAGACUUUAGAAUUUUAUGGGAACAUUUCCUGAAGCAUUCAUCGGUGUGAUAUGCAAUUAUAAACUUACUCUCAGAUGCAUUAUAGGGGAAUCUUGGUCAUCAAAUGUUGUAUUGGAUAGGAGAAAAAAAACUAAAAAAGAAUGGUGAAAGUUUUAAAGAAAUCGGACAUGCAGUACGAAAGUUAUGGCUGCUUUAAAAUUGAGAUCCCAAGGACUAUGUAGAUUUCAAAUUGGCAACUGGGUAAGUAAAUUUUGACAAGUAAAGCGGCAAGGACACCUUUCCCAUAGGCCAUGUAAUUCAUUAUCAGGGAUUGUGGUUUUUCUCCUAAGUACCCAUCACCUGGACAGUAAUCUAAACAUAAGCCGGGUAUAUUAUAUUUUUUUAUGUUCUCAUGAAAGAAAAUUCAAUUUGAAGUAAACCUUUUGAAAAAAUGACAUUUAGCCAUUUUAUGUAUUUGAGCACAUGAAGAAUAGUCCUUGCCUUACAUCACUAUUAUAUGCGGCUAAUUCGAAGUCUCAAUUGGUAUAUUGACUACCAAUAUUUGCAAUUUUUGAAAAUUCAUAACUUUCUUAUUGUUUGUCUAAUAUUGUUUAAACUUUCACCUAUCGACUUUUCGGAUUUUUCGUCUAAAAACAAGUUUUUAUUUGGGAUGGAUUCCCCUUUAAGGAUUUCAGUGUUUAGACCUAUACAUGUAUAUCACCCGACUCGAUGAUUAUCAAGUUACCAUAGAGUGAUUUCAAAACGAUCCAAAUCAACGAUUUGCAAGUUAUUUCUCUGAAGAAAAACCCUCAAAGAAGCACGGUCAAGGUCAGAUAUUCAACACCAUGUUUUUAUUUUCUUCUAGAUUUUUAAACGGAAUAUGAGUUAAUUUGAACAUUUCUUUAGUGCACACGCACUAAAUAAAUAUUCAAAGGUUAAUGUUCACGCGCUCUCGAAUAAUUAUCAGAUCUUUAUCCAGGUGUCCCCCAAAAAUCGAAAUAGUAUAUUAGGAGCUAUUGUUUUUGAAAUGUUUAAUAUUUGUUAACAUUAUUGUGUACAGCGUAAACUAUAUACGUAUGGACUGAAGAGGGCUUUCGAUCUUAUAACCGCCGACAUUCCGCCUUUCCUCUUGAAUAAAGAUUGCCAAUCAUGACCUUUACACUUUGUCCUGCAUGCUUGUCUGACAUAGCAACGACUGACGUUGCAAGAUGAUUAAGACCCUAUACUGCCUUCAUACAUAACAUAUUAAUUGCAUUGUUACUAUGUUGGGAUAUCUAUACAAUACAAUAGCGUGACCGUGGUGACAUGAUCGUGUACAUUGCGUGAUUCCAAAAGUUCGAUAAAAAAUCACCACCGCAGUUUCAGACUUUCCAGGCGUGUAAUAGGCCUAACUGAAGCACCUUUAUUUUCAGUAUGAAAACAGAGACUUUUGACCAUAUUUGUAGGUAUGGUGGACAUAAGUUGAUGCAUUUUGGAGAUAAUCAUUGUGUCAAUGAAAGGAUAAUGCAAAAAACAUGCAGAACAAAAUUUACAAAGCUCCAGCGCUAUUUUUACCCAUGAAGUCGAAAUCAAUUACAAACUUUAGAAAAAGUAUACGACAGAUUUGUGAUACGUUGAAAAACUCCCGAAAUAUACACAUAGAUUUCGGUUUUUUAUCCACUUCCCUUAUAACAAUGAAGAAAUAUUAUUGGUAUAGAAAAAUUCUACUAAUCAGAACGCGGAAUCGAUUGAAAAUGAAAUAACGAAGUAUUUUGAGAUUUGUUUGUAUAUUCGCUCUUGCGUCGAACUAUCUUUGCUUCACGUACACAGGUCUUAAGACGGUCAUCAUUAAGAAAUAAGAUCAAAGAACAUUUCCUUGUGUUGCGUUAACAUUGGACAUUAUGCAAAAUGUGGCCAAAAAAAUAUGUGCAGGAAAAAGAAAGAGCAGUUAAUAGUACACAAUGCAAUGUCGCCUUUUUCUUGCGUUCUGAGUCCAUUUGAGGAAGUGUCUUUGGAUUCUGUGAUUCUAUGCCAGUUCAAUAAAGGCCCCCUCUAAUCCCAAUUCAAGUUAAUUCCUAUUGCAGAUUCUGAUAACAUGGUAUCUGAGUAUAUUAGCGUAUAUAUUUGAAUGAUUUUUUAAUAGAAUAAUUUUCAACCUGCAAAGAACUAACAAAGGCCUUUUCAUACGUGAAUCUUGAAUCAUUAAAUGAUGAUUUCAAUUUGUCUUUAGAAUCAUCGGACCUUUCACACGGAAAAUUCGUACCGUAAUUUGAGUGAAAUUUAACUGGCCGCCCCUUCACACGGUAAAAAAAAAAUCGUAAUUUGAAUGAUGAUUCCAGUGAAAAAUAAGGCUAAUGACGAAUAUUUAGCACGUGGGACACCGAACUAGAACACGAUUAGAAUCACGAACACUAAUCGCAGUCACGAUUACAAUAGCAACCAUCGAUACAAUGAUGAUUCGCGGGAGAAAAGGCUCUAAAAUGUGAAUUCGUGAUUGUGAUUAUAGCGUUCGUGAUUCUAGUAUGGUUUCACACAUGCUAAUAAUUCGUCAUAAGCCUUAUUUUUCACUGGAAUCAUCAUUCAAAUUACGAUUUUUGUUUUACCGUGUGAAAGGGCGGAAAGAAUAUGUGGAAAGGCUGUUAACACGGUGUUAGGUGCAAUGUCAGACAUGUUAUAGUAUCACCAGAAAACAAAGGCAAUGUAUAGAUUAUGGCCAGCCUGGUUUUAUGAAUCUAGAACCUAGCAAACAUUGACUUCAAUGGGAAAAUGUGCCAGGAAUACACACAGGUAAAAGGAUAACUUAGUAUCAAAAUACCACGACAAGAUAGCACAUGAAAGCUGACAUGGUUUAUUUCCAAUUGGGUCCUUAACGAAGUAAUUGAUGACUUUUACAAUUAACUUGACCACCAGAUUAACAAGAAAAAUCGUAAAACUAAUACAAUACACACUUAAAAUGUUGGGCAAUAAAUCCACUGUGUUGGGUAAUGUAUGUUGGUAAAAAUAUAUAUAUAUAUAUAAAUAUGCUGGGCAAUUAUUAUCAAAUUGAGCAAAUUCAUUUCCCAAUUGUUAUUUUUAUUACCCAAUUUGAGCAGAUUUUAACCAUUAGUUGUGUGGACAGUAUGUUGCCCAGGGUUAGUUGAACAUGUUAAAAAUUGGCAAUUUUCGCCCAACUAUAUUAAGAGUGUUUGCGAAAAGGCGAAUUCAAAAAAAUAGGUGUAGCCUUAUAACACCAGAUAGGUUCAGAGACAGUACUCUCUUGUGAUAAAUUAUAGGCAAGUCGAUACUAAAGUAUAUAAAUAUGUUUUAUACAUUAUUGUAAGAUAUACGCACAAGAAAGACUUAUAAAGCCUGACUUUGUAAAAUAGCUUGAACCUCAGAACUGUUGUAAUAAAACAGGUAUAGCUUAAUUCGUAGAGUAGAUAUGUAUUCAUUGUCAAAACGCAUAUGCAGUAUACUAUAUGCGUUUGCUUUUAUUUUUACUUUCAAAGUAUAUGAUGCAUAUUCGUGUGUGUUCAGUGUUUUACUGUUUUUUGUUUUUUAAUCAUUGUUGAAUAAACAUCAAUAAAAUUUAAGAACCUUUAUAAUGUUAUUAAUGCAGGUUUAUUUAGUAAAUGUAAGGAUGAUAUACGAGAUGUUUUAUAUUCCUGUAUUUAAAAAAAAAAAACAUGAAAAAGAUAAAAUUAUUAAAGAUAAUUGAAUCUGAUCAUCUCAAAA